CAAAAUUGCACGUAGCUCGCCUUGACAAACCUUAAAAAAUGGUUUAUUAGUAGUCAGCGAGAAAAUAGGAAAAAAUGAAGGAGUAUAUGGUUGUGCUUCGGCGUCGUCACUACAUUUCUAAUUCAUAAUAAACGGUGGUUGGAGUUUGUUUAAUUGUUUCUCCCUCUUUCUUUCUCUUUUGACGGCUCCUACUAAUCCCACUUCUCCAUCGCCGCCUCAGAGUCUUUCGUCGAAUACGAUGCUGUUUUCUCGGAUAUCGAGAAACCUCAGAGGCAGCUUCAACUCAUGUCGGUGGUUUCUGUCCAUCGGAGACCACAACCACCGCUUCCUUUCGCUGCACAAUUUUCAUUCACGUGGUGGAGACUCUACUCAACAGGUUAUGAGAAGUUUAAUUAUUUCAAAGGGCCUGCCAGCAUUGCAUAGUAGUAGAUAUCUGAUCCAUCAUCAAAGCAGCUCCAUAGUUGAGAUGAACUGUCACUUCUUGGUAACAAGUUGCGAGCAAUGGUAGUUGCUGAGGUUCCUAAGCUUGCCUCAGCUGCCGAAUACUUCUUCAAAAUUGGAGUGGAAGGAAAAAGAUUUCGCCCUACAGUUUUAUUGUUAAUGUCAACUGCAUUAAAUCUAUCAAUACACGAAGCACCUCCUCCUGUUGAGGUAGGAGGUACUUUGACAACUGAUGUACGUUCAAGACAACAACGCAUAGCUGAAAUAACAGAGAUGAUUCAUGUGGCAAGCCUUCUUCACGAUGAUGUACUGGAUGAUGCAGAUUCUAGACGUGGUAUUGGUUCAUUGAAUUUUGUAAUGGGCAAUAAGUUGGCAGUGUUGGCUGGAGAUUUUUUGCUUUCUCGGGCUUGUGUUGCUCUUGCCUCUUUGAAAAACACAGAGGUUGUAUCUUUAUUGGCAAAAGUUGUAGAGCAUCUUGUAACUGGGGAGACCAUGCAAAUGACUACAACAUCUGAUCAACGGUGUAGCAUGGAAUAUUAUAUGCAAAAGACCUACUACAAGACUGCAUCUUUAAUAUCAAAUAGUUGCAAGGCAAUAGCCAUCCUUGCAGGGCAAACAGCAGAAGUUGCAAUGCUUGCUUUUGAGUAUGGAAAAAAUCUGGGUUUGGCAUUUCAAUUGAUAGAUGAUGUGCUUGAUUUCACAGGCACAUCAGCUUCCCUUGGAAAGGGUUCUUUAUCAGACAUUCGUCAUGGAAUUGUUACAGCUCCAAUAUUGUUUGCCAUGGAGGAGUUCCCUCAGUUGCGUACAAUUGUUGAUGAGGGCUUCGAAAACCCUGCAAAUGUUGAUCUUGCUCUGGAGUAUCUAGGAAAAAGCCGAGGUAUACAGAGGACACGGGAGCUAGCCGUGGAGCAUGCUAACCUUGCAGCAGCAGCAAUUGAUUCCUUACCGGAGAGUGACGACGAGGAUGUAAGAAAAUCAAGGAAAGCCCUGAUAGAUCUAACUCACAGAGUCAUUACACGAACAAAGUGAAAGGAAGACUCUCCCCUCCCUUUUUUUGUUUUUGUGGGUAGCUAAAGGAUAAAAGAUCUUAGUAAAAUCAAGACUAAAAAUUGUUUUGUUACCAUCAAUUUUUCUAUAAUGGUCCCCCCAAGCCCGAAUGUGUGGGGGAAAAUAAGCUGUUUCUAGGAUUAAUGUCGUCAUUCGCUUUUCUUAUUUAUUUAGAUUAAAUCUCCUUCCCUCUGUUUGUUCUCCAUUGUUGUAAUAAUGACUUUGGGCUAGUUUUGCCUCCCUUGAUUUUCUUACUAGUUUAUCUUGCUGCUGCUUGUAUUUGGAUUUUUGGAGCAUUGAACAACUGUGGAGUUUUUAUUCAUAAAUUUAUCUUGUAAAACGUAUGGUUAUAAUCAA